AGAUGUGAAUAACGGUGCAGACAUUUGAUGCCUACUUUGGUUUGCUGGGCGGGGAGCUGUUACUCUGAGCUGCUAGUAGAUCCAGUCAGGGAGCUGAGGAGGUGCAAUUUCUACGCGUCUCUAUCGCUGGACGUCCUGGAGAACAGAGAACAGCAGCAGGCGAGCACACAAGUUCUCUCUGUCUGAGUGGCUGAUGGUAAAAAUCUGAGGAAGGAACUUCCAAAAGAAAACAAAGAAGAGUCACAUCCCACAGGAACCUUUUUAGCUUCACUCAUCACCAGCUACAUCUCUCAUCAUGGCUAUUGUCCUCCACUCCAGCCCUCUCCUAUGGACACGGUUGGCAGCCCUGGUCUUCUCCUGUGUGGCCUUCUCCGUGGCGGUGCAUGGUGCCAGGGUAAACCACGGCACCGGAGACUGGUGCAUCUUCUGCUGGGCCUUCAGCUUCGCUGGGACUCUGCUUGUCAUCCUGGUGGAGCUGUUUGGCCUUCAGACCAGAGCCCCUGUCUCCUGGAAGAACUUCCCCAUCACAUUCGCCUGCUACGCCGCCCUGCUCUGCCUGUCCGCCUCCAUCAUCUUCCCCCUCUACUUCCUCAAGGGAUCCUGGGGCCAGAAUGAGGUUUACAACUACCGCAUCGUGUCAACUGUCUUCUCCUGCCUGGCCACCAUCGCUUACAUGAGCGAGGUGAGCAUCAGCAAGGCGCGUCCUGGCGAGGUGGCUGGCUACAUGGCCACAGCCCCUGGCCUCCUGAAAGUCUGCGAGACCUUUGUGGCCUGCAUCAUCUUUGUGUUCGUCAGCGACCCCGUGGUGUACGACCGUCACGAUGCACUCAAGUAUUGCAUGUCUGUCUACUGCAUCUGCUUCAUCCUGUCGGCGGCCAUCAUUGUGCUCUGCAUAGGCGAGUGCACCGGCUGCCUCCCCUUCCCGUUUGCCCGCUUCCUGUCCGCCUAUGCCCUGCUGGCUGUGGUCCUCUAUCUGUCAGCGACCAUCAUCUGGCCCAUCUUCAACUUCGACCCCAAGCACGGUGGAACAAAACAAAGGCCGUACAACUGCACCAGCGCUCAGGGGCUGUGUGUGUGGGAUAAGCUUGUGGCAGUGGCUGUUCUCACUGGUGUCAACUUCAUCCUCUACCUGGCCGAUCUGAUCUACUCCACCCGCCUAGUGUUCGUCAGUGCUUGAGGGAAGAGAAAGAGGAUGUUAGGCCAGCAGUAUGCUCUGAAUAAAAUUGAAUUUGGCAUGUUUUUAAAGGCUGUCAAACUGCUGUCAAAUAUAUUGCUGUAAGCAAAUGCGAGUGUGCUCACUGGGUCUGUUUCUUUAAUGGUGUUCACACCAGCUACAGGAGCUUGUGGGUCAUGACUGAAACAGGCAGUUAAGUUAUACCACAAAUGGUAGAACAAAACAGCAUGAGAACAAGAAGUGACCCACAGCACUUGUAUAAUGGUUGAGGUCAGAUGAGGGUGUAUUAGACGAAGUGAACAUGUCUUUUCAAAGAAGGUGACGAGUUCAUCUUGUCAACCUGCAUCAUCAAACCCAUGUCUUAUGCUUUUUCGGCCCCAAAACUCACUUGCAAACCUGCCAAAUUUGAUUUUGUGUGAAGUAUACUGCCAGCCUUAGGACCUUAGAGAGAGAGAAGGGGAAGAAAAGAGGAAGGGGUUGAGGUCAGUGGCUAUGUUUACACGUACAACAAUAUUCCCUUAAAUUACUGAGACUUUCUGUUCAUGUGUUGGAGCAUCUAAAUGUCAAACAUUGCUUCCAGUGACCUGAAUAGACUCUUACCUUGAUUAUGAAAGACCUGAAUGUGAUUGCUGGAACAUGCUGAUAUUACCCAAGAUAUUAAAAUACCUUUUUAUCCAUUAGGAUGGCAGAUCAGUGCCCAUUACAAUACUCAAAAUAUACAACUUUUUUUAUGUAUACAGGAAUGUUUGUGAUGGAUAUGAGUAAGCUAUUAACAGAAUCUCCCAAACAAGACUCUUAACAAGGAUACAAGCUAACACCCAAAAUACUAUGUGCAUGUAAACAUAGUCUGUAAUGACUGAUGAUGAAAAAACAAAGUAAACGGUGGCUUCUUAUUGUGUUUCUGUUUGAUUUUUUUGCAUAAAGUAUAUGUCAGUGCUCUGCCUUAAGUUUGUUUUAAAUUUGGUUCCAAUUAUAAAAAGACUGCCGAGCAGUAUUUCUGUUUUAACUGCUAAAGAACAAAGCGUAGGAAGAAAUUUAGUACUAGUUAUACGAAGUCAAGAGAAUGACAUGAAAUUGGAAAUCAAGGACUUCAAAGAAAGUGAAAUUUUUGUUUUGUUUUUCAAUGGUUUCAUUAAAAUGAUAGACUGUUUCGGGUUCCCAGAAGUACGCAGUGCAGCUGUUCAGGUUGUAUUCUUCAUUAGUACUUUUACACGGCUCCAAUGUUUUAAGACUUGAAGUAGUGCAAAAAUAGUUUACAAGAUGUUAACAUGAAUGCUAGGCUAGCUUUUUGCUCCUGUUACGAGAUAUUUGUAUCUGUAUCUGCAAGCUACAAUCAUAUGGCAAGAAUAUAUAUGUGGAAAGAACAUAUGCAAGAUUGUGGAUUUUAAAAAAAACAAGUAUGGUUAAAGUGCACUUAAUAUUAGUAUUUUCUGUGUGUUUAAAGUCCUGGUGUCUCUAAAUAUCAAAUCAUCGAUUAAGACCAAAUUCACACACAUUUUUGUUGAUUGGGUGUAUUGGUUUAGUACUGCUGUAAAAUAUAUAUAUAUACUCAGAGAAAGAGACCAAAGAAGAUGAUCCUCUCUCUAGAUGUUGUUAUAUUCUCUAUGUGUGCUUACCACAUCAGUGUUGUAGGAAAAGAUAAUCCAGGAUUUCAAUAAAACCACAUGGUAAACAGA